AUGGCCGCUAUCUCCCACCUCAUUGCCGCUCGCAGCGAAUUCGCUAUGGCCCAGCUGGCCAAGCGUGAGAACUGGGCCCAGCGCGAGCCCGGUGUCAUUGUUGUUCUCUGCAUUGUCUUCCUUGUCGCUAUCUUGUUGAUCGGUGUAUGGAUCUCCAAGCGUAAGCAAGCCAACCGCGCAUAA